GCAGCUCUUCAAAGCUGCUUUCUGCCACCAGACGCCUGCACAGAUAUUUACGUCCAGGACCAUGUCUGAAGCUCAAGCAAGCUCUUCAACAAACACAAGCGCAGCUGAACCUCCGCAGGAUCCCCUGCAUCCAGACAAGCUCUUUUCGAGUCUCUACCAUGUCCUACCUCGGCAAGCUUCGGGCACUGGGGCCCCCCAAGCUCUCCUAAAGACUUCGGCGGACUUGACAAUGUCAUUCUUCCACGCCGCAAUGUUGAAUCUUGGAUUUAGGUUCCUCGGUUUAGGAGAGAGCCGAGUCGACAAUGAAUCCCAAGAUCUGGAAAGGACGGAAGCAGUGCAAACCCCUCUUCCGGCUGACUGGAAUGCGAUGGGCGACAUGUACUCGUUUCGAUACAAACACGCGCAAUCGGCGUUCACUUUCCUGCUGAAAGGCGUCAAAAUUGGAAACAGACUCGUGGUGCAUGGGAUGGCCAUUGAGGACGGAAAACUACAUACGCUGGAACUUGAACUCUCUACGUUCAUCUCAUCCGAUUUCAAGUUUCCCUUUAAUGCUCCCUCUAAUGCAACCUCGUCCACCGCCGGGUCAUCAGAACAGUCAUCCAAUGUCCCUGAUGCACUAAGAUCUGCCUUCGCUUCAGAUGAGCAGCUGUACGAGGUGAUCAGAGAGUUCAGAAUACGGAUUGUUCAACAAUUGAUACCGGGACUGAAUAAGCCGGGAUAUGAAGAAUGGAAGCCGAGCCAAACAUCUCAAGCACCUACACAAGAAACAUCCGGAGGUCGCAACCCGCUUCGCGAUAAUCGUCAUCAGCCCCGACCAAUCCAUCCCGGACAUGCCGAUCCAUUUGUAGGGAGCGGUGUAGGUGGAAGCGGACCUAUGUAUCCUCCCCGUGGACCUUAUAGCGUGGGAGAUGUCGAUUUGGAUCCCUUGGGGGUGGCACCAGGGUUGAUUCCGCCCUCACGAUUCCCAGGAGGAUAUAUGGGUGGUGGUGGAAUGCAUCCAGGAGGUGGCAUGUUUGUUGGGCCUGAUCAUCCAAUGUUCACGGGAGGUGGUGGGGGAGUUCCACGACCUGGACCAUACGCGGGGCCGGACGGAUCGCGCUUGCCGCCGGGCGCUGUGCCUCCUGGUGCUCGGUUUGACCCGAUCACGCCUUUUGGCCCUGCCCCUGGCUCAGGACCGCGAGGGCCUCGGGGACCUUUCGGGCCUCCCGGUGGGGGUAGCGGAUCCGGGGGUUUCCAUUUUCUUUAGGAGCGGAGAACCGGAUAACGAUGAGCUUCCUCCCCCCAACUUUGAUACAAUGUUCAUGUGAAUGUAUGUGAUGCAGUUAGCCGAUCAUUCUGCUGGAGCGUGCUGUGCCGCCAUCAUGUGCAGUGUAGUUUGGAAUACCUUUCUUCUAGGAGCAUAGGGUGCAUAUAGUACUGUGGUGCGUCAAGCAAGUGGGAAUUAUAUAUAUAGUUGUCUGGUUCGUUCUGCAGAUUCUGUAGAAAAUCGUCAGGAAUAUCGAUACCUAAAUCUCAUUGUAA